GCCGGGCCUGGGGCCAUACCGCCGUCCACCCCAAGUUAGGUAAACACCUGGAGGUCCCCAGACGCCCAGGUCCCAAAGGGUGUACAGAUCCCUCAGCCCGCAGUCCUCGCGGUGCCCGCACGCGACCUACAGGGGGCGCGUCAGGCUCGUCUAGCCUAGGGAGACGCAUUGCGGUGUGGCUGAAGUGAGGCUGGACCCUGAUUCCGCCCCGACCACCGGCUCAGGCCAGUUUAUGUAAAGCCCAGCCUUGGGGUUUUUUUCCGGAACUGUCCUAAUCAAGACGCAGAGCACUAGGGCAUUGUAAGGCGUUCCCAAGUCAGAAACUACAGGCCCUCCGGGCUACUGGGUCUCAGCCCGGGCUACAGCCCCUUCCCCAGGGCAACCGGAACCAUGACCCCCUCCCCCAGGGCAGACGGAGCCCAGACACCGGGUCCCCGCCUCCACCCUCCAGGGAGGCUGCGGUCUUCAGUUUCGGGACAGGUUUCUGCAGGCCGCGCCCACAACGACCCCUCCCACAGGCUGGCCAAAGGCCUGCGGACCCUCCCUAGAAAAGGCCUAAUUCCCAACCCCAGCCCAGGACCGCGCCCCCUCCCCGCAGACCGGUCGGGUCCUCCCACAGGCCGCGCCCACGACGACUCCUCCUCUAGGCCGACCUGCAACCGCUUCUCACCGUCCGGCCUGACCGGGUCUCCCGGCCCAACCGGCCCGCGCCGACCUGCACCUUCUGCUUUGGUCCGGCUCUGGCUCUUGCUCCUGUCCCGCUUCACCCGGAUCCUCGACCGUGAGCUCGUCUCGCUGCCUCCAUCCCGCCGGCCUUCCCAGCAGUCCCCGCGCCGCCUUAAAGGUGAAGCCGCUACCUCGGCGGCGUCGGAGGGGGCGAAACACGUUCCAGCCGGCCAGCUCGCUGCCUUAAAGGGGCCCCAUGGGCCUGGCCGGCUUCGGGGUGGGGCCAACCCAGACAGGACGCAGAAGGGGCGUGGCUGGACUCGCCCCUCCGACCAGAGCUUCCUGGUCUGGGGCGUUCAGAGUCGGGACCCGCAUGACUGAGGAUCAAGGAAAAGGCCGACCUCCUCAGAUUCCAGAGCGAAUCAGUCCCUAUUGAUUGACGGCUAUUUGUCCAAUGUUUUUGUUGAUGUCUUAGUGCAUUAACAGUGCUCACACAAAGGGCUGUGAGGUCUUCAUCUGAUGACCUCCUAAUGCCUGCUUGUUGGAUCUUGGGAAGCACUGAAGAUAAUAGCUGAGAGCAUUCACAGUAAGCCUUUCACAAAACACUCAUUGUUCCUCACUUUUAUUGUUAUCAACACAGACAAGCUUAUGAUUUGACAGACCUUGUGCUAGGGAGGGAGGCAGGGAGAAAAAAAUGUAAAAUAUAGGCCAGCCUUUGUUUAGUGCUGUUGGAAAGAAGGCACAGGGGUGAAGACUGGUGGGAACAGAAAGGUGAGCCCAAACAAGCGAGUUCUGCAGUUGGUGCCAACAGGAGCCUGUGUGUGUUCCUCCUCCUACCCUCAGCUCUCCCACGUGCCAGGGGGAGAUGCCCAGAUGGCCAGAAUCCCAGCUCUAGUCAGACCCCUGUAUUCCUCUUCCACUCAGAAUGGCACAGCAUCCAUGUCUGUAUCAUCUCAUUCCCAAGUCUCCUGCAGAGAUGUCUUACCAUCUGCUCAUGUAGGGCAGAUGGCCAGUGCUGUCCUCAAUCUCUCCUUCAGCCCUACUGAUAUCCGUUCUUUCUCCCUCUCUCCCCUUCCUUCCUCCCUCCCUUCUUCCCUUACCACUCUCCUGCUUUGAGGGUCUAUGUAUCCCAGGCUGGCUUUACACUUCCGCUCUUCCUGUUUCCAAUCCCUGAGUAGGGAGUUCUAAGUCUGUACUACUUCUCUGGGCAUCAGCCUGGCUUUUCAACUACCCACCCUGCUUAUUCUGCCUCUGAACUUAUUCUCCACUCUUCCCUCAGUACACAUUGUCACUGUAUCAUUUCUUUGUCUCAGACAAGGUUCCUGCCCCCCAGAGUUUCUCUUUCUCUGUAUAGCCCUGGCUGUCCUGGAACUCCUGUGUAAACUCAAACUCAAAAGAUCUGCCUGCCUCUGCCUCUCAAGCCCUAGGAUUAAAGGUGUGCACCACCAUACCUGGCUUCAGCCAUGGUCUUAACUAUGUAGACCGACCAGGCUGUUCUCAAGCUCAGAGAUUGCCAAUCUCCAGUGCAUAUACUAAAGGCAUGCACCACCAUAGUGGGAGGGAGGGGCUACUGCUGCUGCUACUUCUUUCUUUUUAUACUGGAAAAGUGCAUUUAAUUAUUGUGUGUGUGUGUGUGUGUGUGUGUGUGUGUGUGUGUGUGGUAGGUGCAUGUGUACCAUGGUGGUCAAAGGACAACUUUCAGUAGUCUGUUCUCUCCUUCCACCUGGGGACUGAGUUUAAGUCUUCAGGCUUAGUAGCAAUUGCCUUUACCUGCUCGACCAUGUCACUGGCCCAUCAGAUGUCAUUUUUAAAGCAAUACAGUGCCCUUUGACUGACAUAACACUUGGAUUAUUUGGGAACUUCACACAAUGCACCUCAAUCACACUAGUCUCCCAAUCCUCCCAGGUCUAUCCCCUGGUCCCUCAAAGAUAACAAUCAUUCCCCAGCCCCACCUUCUGGCCCCACCAGAAGUCACUGCAAAGAGCUACACUUCAGCAUCCCUAUCACGAUUUUUAAGGGCUUUCUCUUCAAUGGCUUUCUAUCUAGACUGUUUCUUUUUAGGAGGGGUUUGGGGAUAAAGGUUGUCACAUUCUUCAAUGUCAUUCUUAAAUGUGAGUCUGCAGUCAUCAAUACCACCACAAAAGAUGCUUUCUUGCCCAUAACAGCGGCAGCAUUGGUUUCUGGCAGCAGCACAGACCAUGGAUAAUACGCAAGGCAACACAGCUCUCGGCAGCGGCAUAGUCCAUGAACACCAACAUGGUCUCUGGCUUUUUGGCAAAUGGUUUGAAAAUGGAGCACUGGCUGUUCUAGAAUUCCCUAUGUAGACCAGGCUGACCUUGAACUCACAGAGAUGACUCUGCCUCCUAAAGGUGUAUAUAACCAUACCUGGACUUGACCCAGUGACCUGCAUCCUCUGGUGUGCUGGAAUCAGGCUUUCUCAAUCCUGUUGUCUCACAAGUGUCUCAGAAGAAGGGAACCCUUGCUCUGGCAAAGGUCCAUCCUCACAGUCUGGCUUUACUUUUCAGCUCUCCAUGGCUUCUAGCAGCACAGAACCACCUUUGGUUCUCACUAAGUUGCCCUCCCUCUUUUUUUUUUUUUUUUAAACAAAUACUGCUUCUUGUGCCUAGAAUAUCCAUCUUGUUUUGGCAACAUCUUUUUUUAUUUUAUGUAUAUGAGUACACUUUCAUUUAUUUUAUGUAUAUGAGUACACUGUCUUCAGACACACCAGAAGAGGGCAUCAGACCCCAUUACAGAUGGUUGAGAGCCACCAUGUUGUUGCUGGGAAUUCAACUCAGGUCCUCCAGAAGAGCAGUCAAUGGUCUUAACCGCUGAGCCAUCUCUCUAGCCCCUAUCUCUCUCCAUAUUUGAUACCCUCCUGAGGGUUUCCAAUUCAUGCUAUAUGGCAAUUAUCCCUUUGCUAGCCUUGAGUCCCUAGGUAUAAGAGUACCAAAGCGUCACUUAUCCUUGUAUCAAGCUGAGUUGGGACAAGAACCAUCCACAGAAAGAAUCUCAGGAGGCUGGAAGGUGGAGACUACUGGAGUAAGAAUUCUGGCCUAGGCAUGGAGCUGCCUCCUUGCCAAGUAUGGUAACCAUCUCUGUGGUCUCAGGUACCUGGGAGACCAGAAGUUCUAGAUCAGCUUGGGCAAAGUAACACACUGUCUCAAAAGCAAAGGUAGAAGGAAGAUAAGGAAGGAGGGAGAGAGGAGAGAAAUGUGACUUCAGAGCCAGUUUAUGCACACUGCGUGUCUCAUUCAAAAAGCUGUCCUCUGUUAAGAUCUGCUGAAUGCCACCAAAUGGACACAGGUCAUUGAUCAGGUAUAGUUUCGGGCAAGCUUGAAUACAGGUUGUGUGCUGGUGCCAGUUACCAAGACAGGAUGAGAGGAUUGGUCUUGCUUUGGCCAGGUGAAGGCUGAGAUGUUUGUAGGAUCUAGGUUGUCGACAGAGUGAUCAAUCCAGUGAGAGUCUACUGCUGGGAGCCGAGAUUUGUGACCUUGUGUGGAGGAGGCAGCAGACACAGCGAUGCCAUAGAUGCCAUCCCUGAGGACCCAACGAGCUAAAUGUAAAGCACUUGCUGUGGGAGGCUGUGCGGGUGACAGGACGGCUGCCAAUGCUCUGCUCUUGGACACAGCAGUCAGGAGAUGAAGGAAGGAUUUUCAAACUGUUUGGCUGGUUGUAGUGGUACAGGUCUACAAUCCUGGCAUUCCAGUGGCUGAGGCAGGAGGAUUGUGAAUUCAAGGCUAAGCUGGGCUACAUAGUGAGACACUGUAUCAAAAAGCAAAAAUGCGGGGCUGGGGAUUUAGCUCAGUGGUAGAGCGCUUACCUAGGAAGCGCAAGGCCCUGGGUUCGGUCCCCAGCUCUGGAAAAAAAAAAAAAAAAAAAAAAAAAAAAAAAAAAAAAAGAACCAAAAAAAAAAAAAAAAGCAAAAA